AUGUGGGACUCUGGGCGUCAGUUGUGGGGCUACCACGUGUCAGAGAGGCGAGAUUGCCCUAAUGUUGCCAUCGGUAGGUCUGGUACCGAAGACGAGUGCCGAACGCAAACGAGUCCCCCAAGUCCCCUUGCGAGAGUCUUCGGAAGGGGAUUUGAAGUUAUCUUCGGGAGGAAACACGGUCUUGCCGUUCGGUAA